AACUUAAUUGCUCUAAGAAAUAAACGAAGCUAAUAUAAAAUGGCCCUAAGCGCAGCUGCUGCUAUUCGAACCGCAGCUUCCAACCAAGUUGCCAGCAUAAGAUUGCCUCCCAUACCCUCAAUUAGUGAUCUUGUCAAACUCUACAAACUGAAAGCCAUUAAACAACUAUCUCAAAACUUUCUAAUGGAUGAAAAACUAACGGGAAAAAUCGUAAAAGCAGCAGGAAAUUUGAAAAAUGGUUACGUUUUUGAAGUGGGCCCAGGUCCAGGAGGAAUCACAAGAUCCAUCAUCAUGAAAAAUCCAAAGAAAAUUAUUCUCAUUGAAAAGGACAAACGAUUUGCUUCCGCCUUGAAUCAUUUAAGAAAUGCAUGUCCGCCCGAAACCCUUGAUAUUUAUUGGGGGGAUGUAUUAUCAUUUGAAAUGAGCAAAAUGAUUCCGGAUGAAGCACGAAGGGAUUGGAUGGACGAUGGUAUCCCCCCAAUCCAUGUUUUGGGCAAUCUCCCCUUUAGCAUUUCUACCCCCUUGAUUAUUAAGUGGCUCUCAGCAAUUUCUAGCAAAAGUAACAUCUGGUCUUAUGGCAGAGUUCCUUUGACCCUCACUUUUCAACAAGAAGUUGCUGAACGUCUCAUAGCCGAACCAUCACAGGAACAGAGAUCUAGACUUUCUGUUAUGGCCCAGCAUUUGUGCCAUGUCUACCACAAGUUUACAAUUCCAGGUACUGCAUUUGUUCCUAAACCGGAUGUUGAUGUUGGUGUCGUCAAAUUUGUACCCAGAGAAGAACCACUGAUUCAUCGGAAUUUUUCUCUAGUCGAAAAGGUUGUCCGACAAACAUUUUCUAUGAGGCAAAAAUACUGUCGUCGUGGUGUGGCAACUUUGUUUCCUGAAAUGGUUCGAGUAUGGUUUACCCAAGAAAUGUUCAGACGGUCAGGAGUCGUUACCACAAGACGUCCCUUUGAACUGGAAAUGAAAGAGUUUGCUAGUUUGUGUAAUGCUUAUGCUGAGAUUUGCCGUGAGUACCCUAGUCUGAGUGAUUAUAAUUAUCGAGGAUUUAACCCUGAUGAAGAGUGGAAUUCAAUGAAUGGGCAUGCUUAUCAAGCAUUCGUGUUGGAAAAGCAAGAAAUACGAGAAUUAGAUCCAGGUGAUCCUGAACCAUGAUUAUAUAUAUACAUACGUCCGAUAGCUUCUAAUUGAAAUAUAUAUAUAUAUAUCCUGUAGAGAAGUAAUGGCAAUAAAGGUUCUCUAGACUUUA